UAGCUACCUAGUUGCUAGUUGUAUCUAAUAAUUAUCGGUUGAAACCUACAUUGUCGUUUCAUAAUUAUUUUUCAUCAAAUAGUAUGAAAUCCUGCCGCUUGGACCUGCAGAGUUUUUUACAUAAAUAAGGAAUAAGAAAAUCAUUUUGAAAUGCCUUUUAUGAAAGGCCCCGCUCCUAUAAGGAGAACUCUAAAAUAUCUAGGUGCAGGAAAUUUAGUUUUGAAGGACCAAAUAAAAAUAUUCACUAUAAAUUAUAACGUAUCUGGAAUACAUCACCAUGGCACAAGGGAUUUCGUAUUCUGGUAUUUGCCUCAAAUCCAAUAUAAAAAUCCACAUGUGCAGAUAUCUACCCUCAAGAAUAUGACUCCUACGCCUUUCAUCAGGUGCUUUUAUGAAACUGGAGAUGAAAUGUUGAUAGAUACCUUUGGACGUACUAAAGAGGAAAUAAAUGAACAUUUAGUGAAAACAGUAGGAAAAACAAAAGAAGUCUUGGCUGCAGAAACAGUUGCAAAAGAGAAAAAAGACAACCCAGCCAACUUUGGGGUAGCGUGCGAAAGGCACUGUAUCUGUGAAGUACCUGGUCAGGUUCCUUGUCCUGGAACGUGUCCUUUGCCCAAGUCUUGGCGGGGGAAAUAUAAGUAUAAUGUUGUUGAAGAUUAGUUAUAAAAUAAUUGCAUUAUGGUUUUAAAAAUCUGGAGGUUUAUUAAACCCAUUAACUAUGUUGUUUGAUUUAUUUGUUAUGUACUAAACGUUCAUGACAUUUAAAAGGAUAGAUGAUGUUUCUAUUUAGUGAACUGAUAAGUUCAUUACAGUAAUAAAUGAGAAUAAGGCUAAUGGGAAAAGCUUGAAAACUACCUAUAAUGUAUUUUAUUACCUUUCCUUAUUACUGUGACAUGAAACCUGUAGGAUUAUAGAUAGUGCUUGUUCUCAAAUGAAUAGGAAAUAAAGGGCUUAGUUUAAAAAAAUGCCAUACUACUAAGGCAAAUUCAUAAGCAUUGAUUAAUUUGAGUGUAAUUAAGGGAUCCAAUGCAUAAACUGGCCACGUCCAUUUUUUGGGCAAAAUGAGUUGGGUUUAUAUUCUUGCACAGUUUACAAGUCUGAACCUUCCGUAACAUAAACCAGCUCUGUAACAUUUAAUUUCAAUUAUGGAAACUGAAGUGUAUCAUUCGUUGCCUACGCCUUUACAGUUUGCUUAAACUGGUCAAGUCCAGGACUUGACUAGUUUUUGCACAGUGCUGUCAGUCUAAUACAGCACAGGUACCCGAACCGG